AUGAAGACCUGCCUUCUUGCUAUUGCCGCCUACGUUGCCGUUGCGAACGCGGCGGCGUCCACGUGCACACCCGAGACCCUUGGCACGGCGUACGCCAGCGCGUACGAAACGAUCGCGCCUAAGUUCCUUGCGUGCACCAAGGACAUUGGUCUCUCGGCGGGCGCCCUCACCGGAGGCACCGUGACCGGCGCGACGGAAGACAUGGUCAACAAGUUCAUUAAAAGCCCCAACUGCGUCGCAGUCUUCACCACCCUCCAAGCUGCGUCCAAGGCCGUGAACCCGCCGUGCAUCAUUGGCAACAUGUGCGGCCAGCCCGUCACGACGGCCCAAUUCGCCGCCAUGAGCUUGGACCAGUACGCGCAGUCCUCGUUGAAGACGUCCAAGUGCACGAUUCCUGACGUGCCGUCGAGUGCCUCGGCCGCGACGCUCGGGAUGGGCGCGUUGGCCACCGGCACCCUCGCACUCGUCUACCUCUAA